AUGGCCACUCACCUCAUCGGAACGGCAAUCAUCACUGGUGGAAAUGGGCUGCUGGGGUCUGAAAUCGCAGUGGCUAUCGCCAAAGCGCAGCCCUUCGUUCAUAUCCUUCUGGUGGCGCGCGAUAUCAGAUCCGACAGCGUCCGCAGCGUGACGGAGAGGAUCCGCCUUAUCGGGCCCCGGUCGAUAGAAGUGGUCCGGGCCGACCUGGCCAGUUUCAACUCGGUCGUCAGCUUUUCGCAGAACACGGUGGAGCGGGUGCAGAACAAAGAGAUCCCUCCGGUGAUUCUGCUGAUCAAUUCCGCUGCCACCUCGUCGUAUGUGAACGAUGGGGUGACACGGGACGGGCACGAUCCCGUGUACCAGACGAACUGCAUCGCCCCGUUCUUGUUGACGGUCAGUCUACUUGAGGCGUUCCGUGCUGGCGACGGGACGCCCAAUGGCGGGGCUAGGGUUAUCAAUGUGGGCUGUUCUGCCAUGUCAAGGGGAUCCUUGGAUUACUUCGACAAGACUGAUGCCACUGGCAUUAAUGGGCGGCCUGGGACGCCCCUCAGUGCGAAGGAGAGUAGUGUGAGGUUCGGGAGUAGCAAGCUAUUGAUGAGCGCUGCCAUGUAUGCCUUGCGCCGGAGUCUCGUGUUGAACGGCAACAUCUCACUAAACAUCUGCACGCUCGAUCCGGGCGCAAUGGCAGGGGAGAGCCACCUAGCCACCACAACGCCCCUCUCGGUCCGAAUGGCACAUCAAGCUCGGUCUGGACUCGGCCCCCUCCUUCGGAUCUUCUCCAAGAGUGCCAUCAACAAGGCCCGUGUUCCCGCCAAGGCGAUCGUGAAAGUUGCAUUCCAGCGAGACACGGUGGGGAACUGGGGCAGAGAGCGGUAUUAUAUCCUGGACAGCGAAUACGAGGCCGGAUCCGUCAUUCCUGUGUUGCGCGACCCGCCUCGGAUGGAUCUCUUUCAACCCCGUUCACAACCCGCCCUCAGACGUCGCCGACAACUCAUCUUCCGAUUAGGCCUCAUCGCGGCCAUCUCAUUAUUCCUUUUCGUAUUCAUCUUCCCCUCAUGGCGGUCCGCGCUCCUCCCCAGUGUCUCCUUGGGCCUCUUCGCCGCCAACGAUCUGCAGAUCCAGACCGUACGAUACUAUGAUCUUGCCCAGGUCCAGGGAUCGGAAAGUGGCUGGGAACGGGAGGAGCGUGUGCUCAUGUGUACGCCGCUCCGGGACGCCGCCUCCCAUCUCCCCAUGUUCUUUUCGCAUCUGCGAAAUCUCACAUACCCCCACCACCUGAUCGACUUGGCGUUUCUCGUAUCCGAUUCGAAGGAUGAUACAUCGGGGAUGCUGACCCAUAUGCUGGAAGAACUGCAAACCGACCCCGAUCGCUCCAUGUCCUUUGGUGAAAUUUCCGUGAUUCGCAAGGAUUUUGGGCAAAAGGUGACGCAGGAUGUGGAGAGCAGACAUGGCUUCGCCGCUCAAGCGGGGCGUCGAAAGCUGAUGGCCCAGGCGAGGAACUGGCUGCUGAGUGCCACCCUGCGCCCAACUCACAGCUGGGUCUACUGGAGGGAUGCGGAUGUCGAAACCGCGCCGACGACGAUUCUCGAAGACCUCAUGCGACACGACAAGGAUGUCAUCGUGCCGAAUGUCUGGCGCCCGCUUCCCGACUGGCUGGGGGGUGAACAGCCGUACGAUCUGAACUCGUGGCAGGAAUCCGAGACCGCUCUCGCGCUGGCCGAGACCCUGGACGAGGAUGCGGUCAUUGUGGAAGGGUACGCCGAAUAUGCGACCUGGCGGCCGCAUCUAGCUUACCUCCGCGACCCGUACGGAGAUCCUGAUAUGGAGAUGGACCUCGACGGCGUUGGGGGUGUCAGUAUUCUUGCCAAAGCAAGGGUGUUUCGCGCCGGAGUGCAUUUCCCGGCUUUUAGUUUCGAGAAACAUGCGGAGACAGAAGGAUUCGGAAAGCUGGCCAAACGGAUGGGUUUCUCAGUCGUCGGCCUACCGCACUACACCAUCUGGCAUCUUUACGAACCGAGUGUAGACGACCUUCGCCACAUGGAGGAGAUGGAACUGGAGCGGCAGUACCGCGAGGAAGAAGAAAAAGAACAGGCCGAGCGCGCUCGCCGGGCAGCGCAACUCUUCCGGGACGUCAAGACAGAAAAGGAGAUUGACAACGCUUUUGUCAAGGACGAUAUGGAGACGGACCAGCAGGCGCGCAAGGUGUCUGAUUUCGCAAAACACGAUACCGUCCAGGGCGCUGAAGAAGGGUCUGCAGUUCCGGCCGUCCAACCGGCCGUUAAACCGGCAGAUGCACCGGUUGUCGCUUAA